UCAAACCACUAGAUACUCAAAUUAAAAUCAAUUUAAAGAAAUAAUUGUAUAUAACUUAUAUUAUGAGAUAUGACUAAGCUUGAAAUCAAAUCAUGAUCAUUCAAAACUCGACACCUUCUUCCUGCAUGUCCAUCUCUCUCUUUCUCUCUCUACCUUGACCUUUUUGAUCAUACUCAAUCAAACUCUUAGACCCUUCUUCUUUUCUAUUUUCUUUCUUUUUUCACUUUCAUGGCAAAUCUUCUCAACAUGUACAUAACUUGGAAUCACAUGUAUACUUAUUUAUAGCAAGAAUUUCUAUUUCUGUUCUUGGUGUUUUCUUGAAUCUUGAAUGAAUGAUCCAAGUGAGUAUUUUUCACUUCAUACGGUUACAUUAGAAGCUGAGUCAAAUCUCUUUGUUGCAGCUUCAUUUUCUGAAAUCAAGUUCAAGUUCUUCUUUUAAUUUAGUCUUUUCUUUAACUUUAAUUUUCCAAUUCAGAAACUGGGUUAUCUUGUUUUGAGUUUCAUCAGUUUCUGAUACUGGUUUAGAGCUCUUCUGCUAAAUCAGCAUUUUGUUUCAUACCCAAAACUAAAAAAGAAGCCAAUUUUUCUUUCAUCUUCUUAAUUUCACUCUCCAAAUUAUUUUGUUUCUUCAAAGCUAUAAUCUCUAAAUACUAGCUUCAAACUCAACAAAAAAGAACAAGAAAAAGAAAAGAAAAACAUUUUCACUUUCUUUUCUUUCACCCCAAACCAAACAACAACUGUGUUUUGGGAAAAAAGAGGCUCAUGGGGUUUGUAAAAGCAGUCGAUUUUCUAGGUGGGCUUCUCAUGGUUUCUUUGUUAGUGAACUCAGUGGUGGGAAUUGGAGUCAAUUGGGGAACUCAGGCGACUCAUCGUUUGCCUCCUGCAACAGUGGUGAAGUUGCUAAAGGAUAAUGGAAUCCAAAAGGCUAAGCUCUUUGAUGCAGAUUCAGCAAUAUUGAAUGCUUUAAAAAAUUCUGGGAUUCAAGUCAUGGUGGGUAUCCCAAACGACAUGCUUAGUAGCAUGGCUAGUACUGUCAAAACAGCUGAGAAUUGGGUAGCUAAAAAUGUCUCCAGUCACGUCUCAAACGGUGUGGACAUUAGGUAUGUUGCAGUUGGGAAUGAACCAUUCUUGUCAACCUACAAUGGAAGUUUCCUCCAAACAACUUAUCCUGCUCUUCAAAACAUUCAAUCAGCCCUUAUUAAAGCUGGUUUGAGCAGCCAAGUUAAAGUCACUAUCCCUUUAAACGCUGAUGUAUAUGGCAGCUCGAGUGAGAAACCUUCCGACGGUGACUUCAGAACAGACAUAAAAGAUCUCAUGGUGGCCAUCGUUAAGUUCUUAAGCGACAAUGGAGGUUCCUUUACUGUAAACAUCUAUCCUUUUAUCAGCCUCCACAACGAUCCCAAUUUCCCUGUUGAUUUCGCAUUCUUUGAUGGCUAUUCCGCUGCCAUAAACGACAAUGGAAAAAUCUACCAGAAUGUCUUGGAUGCAAACCAUGACACACUGGUAUGGGCUCUGCAGAAAAAUGGAUUUGGAAACUUGUCCAUAAUCAUCGGUGAGAUUGGCUGGCCUACUGAUGGUGACAAAAGUGCAACUGUAGAGCUUGCUCAGCGGUUCAACCAAGGGUUCAUGUCUAGGUUCAAUGCCGAGACAGGAACCCCAAUGAGACCUGGACCCAUGGAUGUCUACUUGUUUAGUCUCAUUGAUGAAGAUCACAAGAGCAUUCUGCCAGGGAACUUCGAACGCCAUUGGGGUAUUUUUUAUUUCGAUGGAUCACCCAAGUACCAGCUGAAGCUAGGUUCCAAUUCAAACGGGUUAGUACCAGCAACCAAUGUGCGUUACCUGGCUAAAAAAUGGUGUGUUUUGUCUUCAUCCGCUAACUUGCAGGAUCCACAAUUGGCACCGAGUGUGAGCUAUGCUUGUGAAAAUGGUGAUUGCACCAGUCUUGGAUAUGGUUCUUCUUGUGAAAACUUGGAUGCUCGAGGAAACAUUUCCUAUGCAUUCAACAGUUACUAUCAGAUAAGCAACCAGCUAGAUAGUGCCUGUAGAUUCCCAAAUCUUUCUGCCAUCACUGACCAAGACCCAUCAGUUGAAAACUGCAAAUUUCGGAUCAUGAUCCAAGCAGAAUCACCAGCUAAUAUCGGAUCAGGAGCAGGAGCAGGAGCUGGAGCUGGCUAUCUUAAAAAGCCCCAUGGUUUGAUGAUGAUGGUGAUGAUGUUGUUGUUGUCUCUGACUACAAUGGUAUUGUGAUUCUUGGCCUUUUGAGCUUGUAUUAGUAUUAUCAUUAUUACUAGUUUUUUCUUUCCCUUCCCAGUUGAUGUUGUUUAUAGAGAAUUAGUACUGGUAGCUUGGGUUUAAAGUUUGGACUUUCAAAAGCUGCAGCUAUGUUUGUAUUGGACAACAAAUUGAUCAGCCAGCUAACAUUUAUGCUAUUCAAUUUGUUAACAUUCACAUUAAGUUCAAAUUCUAAAACAUAUAGAUGUUUUUUUCUAUAA